UGAGAGUUUGACAUAGCUAAAGCUACAUUCGUUAACUGUUCAUGUAAAUAAAGUAUUACCGUGUUGGAAAAGGACAAAAUACAACCGACCAACCUCAUCCAAGCGCAUGUUAGUUCGAGGCGUUUAAAUUUUUUUAACUUUAGCUGCGGAGCACCACCGGGAAAUUAUCUUGACAGAUUUAUGGGAACCGAGUACACGGAGCCGGAGCUCCCGGCGGACCCGGUGGGCAGGCGGGUGUCCUGCGGCGGGGAGCGGGCCACGGUGCGCUAUGUGGGCCCGGUGCCACCAACUCCAGGGCUGUGGCUCGGUGUGGAGUGGGAUAACGCCGAGAGAGGCAAACAUGAUGGCAGCCAUGGAGGAGUGCAGUAUUUCACGUGCAGACAUCCUAAAGGAGGUUCCUUUGUCCGCCCAGCGAAGGCAAGUUUUGGAGUGGACUUCUUGACGGCUUUGCAACGCACCUACGAGUUUAACACCGAAGAAGUGCUGAGCGAGGAAAUCACCGUUUCCUCCAAAAAGCUAGAGUGGCUUGCUGUUGAAGCGCGCAGAUUUGAGAGUCUUCCAGCAGUGAUGCUGAACUGCCAGGAGGUGAACGGACCAGGAGCUCCUGGAGAAAUCAGGAAAACAACUCCCAAUGUUCGGUGGUUGGACCUCAGUGGGUCUCUGUUGUCCUCUUGGGAAGAAGUGUCCUCCAUCACUGAGCAGCUGGAGAAGCUGGAAGGACUACAGCUCAGCAACAACAGAUUAAGAUUACCCUCAGACCCCUCGGCUCACUGCCAGGCUUUCUCCAACCUCACGGUCCUUGCUCUGAACAGCUGCAUGCUUACCUGGCUGCAGGUUCUGGAGUGUGCAGUCAUGUGGCCUCAGCUGGAGAAUCUGUCUUUAGAGAACAACAACAUAACGGAGCUGCACAGGCCGGAGGGAGGAGUACUGCAGACACUGAAGUAUCUCAGCCUGUCCUGUAAUCCUUUGGUGCAGGACAGCAUCCUCAGUCUGUCUGCUCUGCCCAGACUGGAGGAGCUGAACGUCUCUAAUACCAAACUGUCUGCCAUCCGAUUUGAGGAUGCUGCUCCAGGAUGUUACACUGCCAUGUUUCCAUCUUUGAAGGUCCUCAAUGUGGAUCAGAACAACAUCUCUGAGGUCAGUGAGUCUCCACACUCAGGCUAA